AUGAGUAAUCACGUAACCGAUAAUGGAUCACAAUUUAUAGCACUUAGAACAGUUCCUGUCGUUCUGGUUAAUGGCAAUCAACGCAUUGUAGCCAAUGCCUUCCUUGACGAAGGAAGUACCGCUUCGUAUGUUCCAGAAGAUAUUGCUCAUAAACUUAAAUUGCAAGGAACACCUGAACAACUUCACGUUUCUACCUUAACCGGAAAGACGACGUUCAAUAGCACCCGUGUUCAAAUCAAUGUGGAAAGUCUUGAUAGCACAUUCAGUAGUCGAGUUGAUGCUUGGACCAAGGAUACUGUAACUCCAGGACUUGAUGUGAUUGAUUGGAACAAACAAAAGAGUGAAUGGCCCCACCUACGUCACCUUGAAUUUCCCCAUGUUCCACGCAACAGAGUCGUUGACAUCCUGAUUGGAAUCAACGCUAUUGAAUUUCAUUCACCUCUUGAAGAAAUUCCUGGUUUACAGGGUGAACCGGUCGCUAGAAGAACACCCUUGGGUUGGACGUGCGUUGGACUCUGUCAGAGAAACAUUGCUCUAUCUGAAGCACGUUCUCAUUGUGCUUUUCACAAUGCGAUGAAAGAAGGUGAAGGGGAUAAUUUGGACUGUACCCUACAGCGCUUUUGGGAUCUCGAAUCAAUCGGCUUAGUACCAGGCAAAGAAGAGACAUCCACUCCAGACGAUUUGGAAGCUGAGAAGAAAGUUGCGAAUUCCUUACGUUAUGUCAACGGUCGCUACGAGGUAGGAAUACCAUGGAAGAAGAACGAACCACAGUUGGAAAAUAAUUACAACUUGGCUUAUAAGCGUCUAGAAACACUCGAACAGUCUUUAAAACGACGUCCGAAUGUCGCCGAGAGUUACCAGAAAGUAAUUGAAGAUCAUUUGUCCAAAGGGUAUACUCGGAAACUUACCCACCAAGAAAAGCAACGACCGAAGUGGUACCUUCCACAUUUUCCUGUGGUGCGCAACGAUAAAUCAACGACGAAAGUCAGAAUAGUCUUUGACGCAGCGUGUAGUUUUCAAGGGAAAAGCCUGAAUGAUUCUAUGCACACUGGUCCUAAGCUACAGAAGGAAGUUUUGGACGUACUUCUACGUUUUCGCCGAGACAGGAGUGCUUUAUCGGGUGACAUUAGCGAGAUGUUUUUGCAAGUUAUCAUGGCAGAAAGUGAUCGUCCAUAUCAUUCUUUCUUGUGGCGUGACCUGAAAAGCGGAACUCCUGAUGUUUAUGAAUUUCAACGAUUGGUGUUUGGAGAUAAAGCGUCCCCCUACUUGGCUCAAGCUGUGUGUCGAGAACAUGCAAAGAGAAAUGCAAAUGAAUACCCGAAUGCUGCGAGGACAGUCUUGGAUUCAAUGUAUAUGGAUGACACCUUGGAUUCAGUCUCGAACGUAGCAGAAGUAAUUAAUUUUCGACGUAAUUUAACGGCAAUGAUGGCUCAAGCUGGAAUGAAAAUUAGAAAAUGGUGCAGCAACGAAGCAGCCGUGAUGGCGGACGUCUCUCCUUUGGAUCGUGCUCAAGGAAGUAUAGAGAUACGAGACAAAACUUUGCCAACAAUCAAAGCUCUGGGAAUUACUUGGGAAGCUAGCAAUGACUUGUUAACUUUUCAAUACGCAGCACCACCUAUACCUGAUUAA